AUGACGCCGCGGCUUCAGAGACAUGCAGAGGAGGAUCGACCGGCCCCUCCAACGAUAACCCCCGUCAAUCAGAGAGCUGCGGCUACGAACAAUGAUAUUGGGUCUCUGCUGGGCGUGGGGAAGCUCGAUCGCGAAGCUCUCGUCGAGAUGGAUCGGCUGCUGAGCGUAACCGACGCAGAUACACAACCCCAGGUGACGCCGGGUUUCAACUUUGAGUUUCUAAUCUUUCUAAUCGUUUCCGCAAUCCUCGCCAUAUUCUUCCUGCUCUACUUUAACCGACUGUUUGGCUCUGUUGUGUCGUAUGUGAUUCGGACUUGGACAUGGCAUCAAUACCACAUAUAUCUCGACAUAAAAGCGCUUCAAGUAUCGCUUUUGGCGGGUCGAGUUUUUUUUACGGGCCUGCGAUACCACGGCGCGAACGAAACCUUCUGUAUUCAACAUGGAGACAUUACCUGGAGAUACUGGCUGCGCCGAGUCAGACAGGCAGACAUAUUCGCGUCGGCUGGGGAAGGGGAGGCCUUGGAAUCGGAAAGACAGAAAAAUGCGGCGUUGCCAUGUCGGAUAAACCUGAAUCUUGUUGGUUUGGAGUGGUUUGUCUACAACCGCAGUCCAGCAUAUGAUUCUGUCCUUGCCGGUAUCAUCGAUCCAACUUCAUCAGGCUCAAGCUCGAGCGUUGGGGGACCGGAUGAGAAGGGAGACACAGGGCUACGAUCACGGAAGACGAACCAGGAAGAUUCAUCCGACCGAGACCGAGACUAUACCCCCCACGAAAAGAGCAAUAGAGCAUUGAAUGGAAACGGGAAGCCUGAGAUAGGGAGUCGACCUAGCACUGGCUACAAAAGCAAGAGCAGCGAUGAGGCUGCAGACAAUGACAUUUCAGAGCUGCCUUUCAUCCUCAAACUAUUUCCCAUCCAGAUCGAAUGCCAGAAAGCUGCAGCAGUGUUUGGAAAUGACAACACCAAAGCAAUCCUCAUCGUGAAAGCCGAUUCCCUUUCUGGAGACGUCGAUGCUUUAGAGACAAAGACUGUGGAUCAAUACAGACAGACAUUCAAGAUCGAACUGGAGCAUCCUGUGGUGGAAAUGCUGGAUAACCCGGACUAUAAGGAGGACCAGGCCACACGAGCCACAAGGGAGCGAGAGAACGUUCCCCAAGAUUCACAGCAAGCUCCGAGGAAGUCAUACUUCCGCCAACAUAGACGCAAGGCACUGAGCUCCUUGCGAAAUCUGGUACCUUAUUGGCGAAGAUCUGUGGAGUCGUUUUCAAGUGACGCUCGGGCUGGAGGGGGUGCUGUGCCAGUCCAAGUUCCUGGAGCUGUCCAAUGGCAAGGCUUGUCACGGUAUCUCGAUGAUCAGGAUAUAGAUGAUAAAACUCGCUGGUCGUCUGUUGAGUAUGCUGCAGUCUCAACCGUUCUCGAUAGCCCGGCCUGCCAUUUGACUGUAUAUUGGGAUGCCGUCAGCAAAGUAACCGAAGAUGCUCAUCGCCAGAGACAAAUGAACCCAUCUUUGAAUAUCAAUGGGUCAGAGCCACCAGCUUGGGGAGUACAAUUAUCGGUGAAGGGAGGGACUAUGAACUACGGGCCAUGGGCCGAUCGGCAAAGGGCUGAUUUACAACGUGUUUUUGUGCCUUCGCUCUCCAAGGAUGGCACCGCCACUGGACCGCUUCCCGUUGGAGCAUGGAGAGUGCCUACACUUUUUGACUUGCUAGUAGAACUAGACGACACAGUUACGCUUCGCAUUCCCAUAAGGGAGGAGUCUAAAAACUGGCGUUGGCGUGGUAAAGAGCCGCCACUAAUCAAGCAAGAAUCCACGACUACUCGCAAUGCACGCAAGCAUCGGGCUAGGGGUAAGAAAAAUUCAAAGAGCGAAGCGGUCCAGCUUCGCCAGUCCGGUUGGCUUGAGUUCAAGCUUCCUCAAAACUCGACCAUCAGAUAUUAUAUGGACAUGGUGGCCAGUCCAAGUGGCUAUAAAAACAAGCUAGCGGUUCAGAUGCCGAGCACUGAGCUACGAAGCAGCAUCAACCAUGAUGUACUCUGGCGAUCUGGCCCUCAGCAGAUUUCCUGCGAUCUUUCAAACCCGCUCUCAUGGAAUACGCUGCGCAAUUGGAAUUUCAACAUAGCAUGCGAUGGAAUGGACUUGUUUCUCCUGAGGGAUCAUAUCUUCUUGAUCGUUGACUUGGUGGAUGACUGGGCAGCAGGCCCCCCUGCCGAGUAUCUUGUGUUCACGCCCUUUUUAUACCAUCUCCAUCUCAAUUUGCGGAAUGUGAAAAUCUAUCUCAACGUCAACGACGAGAAUAUCAUCGAUAAACCAACUGACAUGGAUGAAAACACGUUUCUUAUACUCUCUAGCCCGGAAUUGAAAGCCGAAACCUGCAUACCUCUUGACACUUUCCGACCAAGCAAGAACAGUAUUCCUUUUGAUAUACGAACUGAAACUCUUGACUUGGCACUGCAUGCUUCCGAGUCAAAUACGCAGGCGACGUUUCUGAAAUCCAAAGAACUGGGACAUAUUGAAGGCUUGGCAGUCGCUGGAAAUUAUCAAUACAAUGCAACUACCUCUCCUGCUAACAUAGAUACUCUCGACUUAAAUAUCCAUGCCCAAUCACCUUCCGUUUACCUCUACGGCUUUGUUGUUCGGUACUUUAUGCUACUCAAAGACAACUAUUUCGGCGAAUUUGUACAUUUCAGAACUCAAGAGGAAUAUCAGGAGCAAAUACAAGCGAAGGCGCAGAAUCCAGAUGCUGAGCCGGCUCUUCGCCCCCCUACCAAGAAAUCCAAUGACCUUGACGUAAUCUUGGCCAUCAAACUGGACGACCCUCGCCUCUUGAUUCCUACUAAUAUUUACUCCUCAAAGUGCUAUCUUCAGGGUGAAUUGGCCUCUUUAUCCCUGGACUUGCGUUUUACAAAUUACUAUAUGGAUAUGGAACUUGAUCUAAGUCCAUUAUCGCUGUCUUUGGGCAGCUCAGAGAGCAAUCUGGAUUCUCCCAGUGUAUCAACUGCUGAUACGCAACUAUUUGUCGAUGGCGUUCGAGUAUUUGGCCACCGAACGUUCGGCCUGCCUCCAUCAGAGCCAACAUACCUUUGUAACUGGGAUGUCGCUGUUGGUGCAGUCGCCGGAGAGUGCACAACUGACUUUGUAGCCGCUUUGACUAAAGCAGGACCAGCAUUUGGGUUUACGUUUGAUGACGUGGAAAACGCCGUGGUGCCGUAUUCCUCGUUAAUAUUUUACGACGUCACGUUUGUCCGACUUGCUGUCCAGUCGAUUCGCCUCUGGAUACAUGUAGAAGAAAGCGUUUUCUGCUUCUCUACCGAUGCUAUCGAUGUCAAUAGCAAUGAUUGGGCUCGCUCGCACUAUUCAAAGCGAGCCAACGUACUCAUACCAAACCUUCAGCUAUCAUGCAUAAAUGCGGACUCAGCGGCGAGACACAAGUCACGCCCGCAGCAUCCGGUUGAAACUCAGGCAUACCUCAAAACAGAUAUUCGGCUUGCCUCCAUUGGAAGGAAAUUUCAUUUCUCCGAAGAACGAAAAAUCCAGCAAGACUUAAUCUAUCGUGAGGAUCAACGAACAGACAGAACGCCGUUUCUUCUCCUCCCUGGCACAGGCGGGGAUUUAGUUCCCGAACAAGUCGACCCUCCUGCGCAAUGCAUGCCCCCUCCUCCUCCUCCUCUCGCCGAUAUUGAGUACGAUAAGGCCUCAGUGAGCACACGCUCGCGCAGAGUUACCCGCCAAAGGUCAUUUCUCUCCUUUGCUAGCUCUUCGAGCGACGGCAGUAUCGGAUUCCGCAGUAGCCGCCGCGAUAUACAAAGGACGCCACAAUUUGGAGAAAGCUUGUCGAUCAGGUCUGCCGCUAUGAUGGGCUCUCGCUCUGAGAUGGACAGGAGGGAGGCUGCUUCUCCCGGCAGGCGGCCUUCUUUCUACAGCGCUGUGGGCGAUUUUUCAGCAAAAGAAAACGGUGAGCAAUCUCAAAUUGCCUUUUCUAGCCAAUAUUUCAACCCAAACUUUCCCUUGGAGGGAGUCAGGCCCGAUACUAGAGAUGCCACUUUCCCACCAAUUGAUGAUGAAGAGUUUGAGUUUUUUAAUCGACUGAAGCUGGAUUUAAAUGAUAUCCCCCCUAUUGAUCUUAGUGAAGAUCACGCUCAGUCGAGUACUAUCAUUGAAUUUCCCUCAGGAAUAAGCGCAUUUAUCACUCCUGAAGCUAUCCGCCAUGUAACUAUCUUGAUGGCGGCCUUGCAACCGACAGACCCUGAAGAUGUGCUAGACUCUCUCCAGUCUGGUACUAUUACGGACAUCUUCAAAGCCCGAAAAGAAGCGCCAAUUGAAGGAGAGAUGCUUGACUUUAUGGUCAAAUUACCUAGGAUCAACCUACGAUUUCUCAAUUCGUCGACACUCGAUUCGCCAGAUCCAUCCGAAGAAGAGCUAGAUCAAUAUGACCUAACAAUUUCCAAGGUCUCUGUUGUAACGCGAACUACGAAGGAAAAAGGCAUUACCGACUCGAGAACUUCUCUGGACUUACGUCUAGGCUCCAUUGAAAUGUCAGCCUCAGAGCGUCUUUCGUCUGUCCAGAAGCCACAAGCAGCCGUAGUAGUUACAAUCGACGGAGUGAGGGUCUCUCUAGGAGCCAAAGAAAUCACAUAUUUUGAUGCCGAUAUUGGCUCAAUCGAGGGAAGAACCGCGUCAGGCAAGAUCGAGUAUUUGGCCUCUUUGAUCCACCGCACCGGCAAUGUUGCUACCGAGCUGGAGCGACUCUUGACAGAGGUCAACCAGCGUCAUUCUACGCAUGUCAAAUACUUUGUGCUACGCCUGCUGCAGCUGGGAGAGGCAACAAAUGAUCCUUCAUUCCUCAUACGGCCUUCGGCUGUUCUCAGAUCUGCAAAUCAACAUUUGAGAACAGUAGAUUCUUGGAAAAUGAUCAUACGACUUCGCCAAAUCUGGGAUACGAAAAACGAUUUUGAGAAGUCACAUUUGAUCCAAGAGUGCUGGGGGGAGUCGCCCACUCUUCCACCUGACGCAGUUCAACGCGUGGUGAGCUCCUUUGAGAAGUGGAGAAACUGGGAUUUGGAAAACGUUUCACACACUCUCCUCCUGAAGAAGAUCUUUGGCGAUAUAGGAGCCGAUGACCAAGACGACGAAGAAGUAUACCCCCUCCUAGGUGCUUGUAAGCUCGGCAGCGUUUGCCUCAUCCUAGAUCCAGGCCCAAAGCAAAACAGAGUUGGAUUUGUCGAUCUCAGUGCAAGAGUUGAAAGAAAAUUGGGGGAUCCCACAACCGCCGUCUUGGGGACAAUACCGGUGACUGUUUUGAAUAUAUGCUGUGGCGAUGCAUUGCUCAACUUGAACUGGGAACUUUGUGUUCUUGCCGAUGAUGUCUUGCGGCUAUACCACAGAGGCCAGAGCCAGGCCCCUACUCACUUUCAGAAGCCGGUUCUGGAGGCCAUCAAGCCGACGAAAAAGCCAUCAACAGCUUAUCAUCUUGCUCUUGAGCUCAUCAAGGGAUCUAUCGAACUUGAGACGGUGAAUCUAAGCGCAAAGACCCUGGGUGACGGGCUUAAAGCUUCCUUACUCACAUUUGAUACGAGUGAUGGCGCAACUCUCACAAGCUUGAUGAUAAAUUGUGAUGCUGUCACUUCCAUGCUGCAUAGCCAUUCGCAUCAUCUGGGCGUUUCUCAGUUUCGAAGACCGAGUCUAUGCGUUUCGCAUGAACUAAGAACAGUCGACGAGGUGUCAGCACACAAAGUCAAAGCAACGGCUAGCAGCCAGGGCCUGACGUUUACUGUGAAGCAAGACCCUAUCGGUCUCAUGGAAGUUCUUGAUCUACUCUUUAGAGACGAGAUUGCUCAGCUUCAUCGCUUGAAAACACAGCUUCCUGAUCUGUCAAAGGCAGAAUCACAGGCUGAGUCGACUGAUCGCCCGUCAAACUUUAGGAUUAAUAUUGCCACAUUCAUAGAUGAUUACCAAAUCAGGCUUCCCUUGAUACCGUCUCUCACAUAUCAAAUCUCUGGCGUCGUCGCGCGGGCGGCAUGUGCGGCAGACUCUUCCAAAGAAAUCAUUUUUGACUUUGACGUCAAAGAAAACUCUCACGAGAUGCAAAUAAACGUCAAGAAUGAGUCUCGCACCAUCUCUUGUUUGCAAAUACCACCUACAAACGGACGCAUUACUAUGAGCCAAGGACAGAAGGCAGAGAGUAUACUGAAUGUGCUCUGCUCGGUUGAAAUUAUGCGUUUGGACGCAUCGUCAAUAUAUAAUCUCCUCACAGCGCUAAAUCGACCACAAAUCUCUACCGCCAUCGAAGAGAUACAGCUGCAAUCUAAAGCCAUCCAAGAACAUAUCGAAGAUAUCUUUGGAACUAGUGAGCCAAAAGAGGUCGAGAAACCCAGCUCGAAUAUGGUAUACGCUGUUCAUCUUACUUUGGAAGGAUUACAAAUCGCAUCUAAGACGGCUUUGAAGUCUGAAGCAGGAUCAAUGGCGCACGUACUCUUUUUCAUGGAUAAAGCUUAUUUGCGAGCAUCUAACCGUCAUGAAGUACACGGCCCUAUUCUCAAAUAUCCAGAGAUACACUUGAAUCUCAGACAUGUUGGACUUGACAUCCAAAGAGGAACGGAAGACAAUAUGAGGUCAUGUGGUAAUUUCGGCGCGAGCUUUACAGUAUCUGCUAGCUCAAGUCCUGGAGACGACGGCAAAGAUGAAUGGUCAUUCAAUUUCAGGAGCGAUGAGUUUGACGUGAAUUUAUCGCCAAGGUCGACAUCCACAGCUGUUGAUGUGCUGGGCUAUCUAGGGACAAAGAUAAAGGACCUGGACACAUCGCGAGAAUUAGAAUACCUAAGGAGACUCAGACAGUCCAAACCACGGAUUUCUAUUAACGAUGAUGAGGUCUUACCCGAGUAUACGGACAUUCUCGACUCUAUUCUUGGUUCAGUCGUUUAUCGGUUCGAACUACGAAACAUUCGUGCUUCUUGGAACGUUGCGGAUGAUAGCGGACGUCAAGCGAGCAAUGAGGAAGAUCUAGUACUAUCUAUCAAGCUAAUCGAGUUUGGUACGAGGACCAAGAGAUCUGCACGCCUAACCAUAGAAGACUUCCAACUACAAACGGUACCACCUGGCCAUGACAGAAACUUGAGAUCUGUGCACUCGGCGCUUCUUCCCCAAGUUAUAUUCAACAUUGCUUACUUCUCCACGGCGGAUGCUCGCCGAUUGGCAUUCCAAGCCUCGGGCGAAUCCUUGGAUCUCAGAGUGACAUCAGCUUUCAUCGUCCCGGCAGCCAACUUGGUUCAAUCAAUAUCGUUAUCAGCAAAAAAUGUGCAGAAGGCAUCAAUACAAUGGAAUAACGAGGCAGCGCAAAGUAAUAAGAAACCUGAAAGCGCACCCAAGCCCAAGCCUUCACGAAGCGCCUUUGGCAACAAACGACUUGAGAGCCUGCUCAUGGAUGCCGAUUUUGCGGGCGCGGUUGUUUACGUCUCAAGCGCAAAGUCUGCUCAUGAUGCUGCGCGGCUUUCACGAAGCGGCCGCCGCCCGUCCCUGGCAGGAAAAUAUGGCCAGUUCACAACAGAUGACUCAGGAAGCGGCGCAGUUUUGCGAAGCCCUGGACUUGCCUGGAAAGCUGAAUAUCGAGACAAUGGCCGAAAUGAUCCUGCACUAUCGGGUGAAGUCAAGAUUGAUGCUUCAAGCAACAUUCUUUACCCAUCAGUCGUCCCGCUCAUUAUGGAUAUUGUGGCUAGUGUGAAGGAGGUAGUGAGUGGCGAUACCGAGAGUGAACCGGCCUCAGAACCGGAGCCGCCAAAGCUGAAACCAGAGAAGUCUGCAGAUGAGGAUAAUAUUCUUACUGCAGACCCUAGCGCGGUAUUGGGUCGUGUCAAGCUGAACUUGGGCCUGCGUAUCUGCAGGCAAGAAUUCUCCCUAAGCUGCCAGCCUAUAGCUCGCGUUGCCGCUACGACAAGCUUCGAAAGCGUGUACUUUACUCUCAACACAGUUUCUUCACAAGACCACGGAAACUUUUUUGCGAUAUCCGGCGUUCUUAACAAACCACAAGCUUCGGUACAGCAUGUAUAUUCGAGAGAGUCGACUGCAAGCUUCGAGGUUGACACUGUGACGCUUUCAUUCAUGAAUAGCAAGCACGUCAGCGGCACAAGCGGCGUUUCAGCUAUUCUGAGUGUAAGCCCCAUGAAGAUUUCCAUCAACGCCAAGCAGGUACAAGACUUUUUAUUGUUUGAAGAAAUCUGGUAUCCCAAAGACUUGAGAGGUGCAAGCACGACUACACCAGUGCCUAAGCUAGCUACAGAGACAUCACAAGGCCACUUGGUUCAAAGAUACCAGCAGGUGGCGGCCACGGCAGCUUUCCCGUGGACGGCGACGAUAUCCAUCGCCGCCCUGGACGUCAGCGUUGAUAUGGGGCAAGCGAUAGGCAAAUCUGUCUUUGAGAUUAGCAAGUUUUGGGUAUCGUCUAAGAAGACAUCUGACUGGGAGCAGAAUCUAUGUCUUGGCUUUGACAAGAUUGGCAUAGACUGUACGGGUCGAUUGAGUGGUUUCAUUGCUCUACGGCAUUUCAAACUACGGACCUCGAUCCAUUGGCCGAAGCGAGAAAAGGCACUCAACGAAACUCCUCUGAUCCAGGCGUCUAUUGGUUUCAACGAACUACGUGUCAAGGCGGCGUUUGAUUAUCAAGCCUUUUUGAUUGCAGACAUCACGUCCUUGGAAUUCUUGAUGUACAAUGUGAGAGAGGGUAAAGAUAGGGAAGGAGACCGCCUCGUGGCAUUCUUCGAUGGUGAUGCUGUGCAGGUAUUUGGCACUGCGACUUCAGCCGCCCAAGCCGUCUCACUUUACCAGGCCGUUACAAAGCUAAUGCAAGAGAGGCGAGAGAAUUUCGAAUCGUCGCUCAAGGAGAUUGAAAAGUUUAUGAGACGCAAGUCUUCAGCGGCGCGCCAAUCGAUUUCAGCGGCGACGAGGGCUCCCAAGCUUCCGACGGAUGAUACCAUGUCCAAAUCCCCAAUUUCUCUGGACACAGAUGUGGUUGUGACGCUUCGAGCACUCAAUCUUGGAGUGUUUCCCAACACAUUCUCCGACCAUCAGGUAUUCAAGAUGGAGGCGCUGAAUGCAUACGCGCGGUUUGCCGCAAGUAUCGAGCAACGACGAGUCCAUAGCAUACUAAGGAUGACCCUGGGACAGCUUCGAAUCGGAUUGGCAGGUGUUAGGAACAUUGAAGCGCCCAAGACACUCAGCGAAAUGACAGUGGAGGAUGUGGUUCAGCGGGCGACGGGAUCACGAGGUGGUACUAUCCUCAAGGUGCCGCGGGUGGAAGCGGCAAUGCAGACUUGGCAGGCGCCAAAUAGCAACCACAUCGACUACCUAUUCAAGAGUGCCUUUGAAGGCAAAGUCGAGGUCGGAUGGAACUAUUCCCGCAUCAGCUACAUACGCGGCAUGUGGGCAAAGCACAACAAGUCGCUGGAGGAGACAUGGGGCCGACAGCUGCCCCUUACGGCAGUCAAGAUUACCGGAGUACCAGAAGCCGAGGAAGGGCAGCGAGAAGGCGGCGAGCAGCAGAAGAUUACGGCCGAGGUGAAUGUGCCACAGUCCAAGUAUGAGUAUCUCGCUCUGGAGCCCCCUAUCAUUGAGACGCCACAGCUGCGAGACAUGGGCGAGGCGACGCCACCGUUGGAAUGGAUUGGCCUGCACAGAGAGAGGCUGCCAAACUUGACGCAUCAAAUUGUCAUCGUGUCGCUGUUGGAGUUGGCAGGAGAGGUGGAAGAUGCAUAUUCGCGGAUUUUGGGGUCGUCAUAA